AUGUCCAUUACGCAAGACGAAAGUGGUGGCCAUCCAGGCGGCGAAGCACCAUCUAAGAUCUCUCCAGUGGCUGGGCUGGUCUUCGUCCUCACUGGCCUCUUAUUCAUGAUCCUCUUGUUCUGCAUAGGUUACACUUAUGGCCACCUCGUCCCAACGCUCUGCAUGAUCGAAUCCCCCGAGACACAAGCCUAUCUCCCGGUUGAUAUUCUAAACCCCACCGACCCUCCGGCUUACUCUCCAGAGGAUGUCUCAAAACCAACAGACGACGUCCCCGAAGAUCUAGAGGUGGAAGGCUACGCUGCCCGGGACGGCCUCCUUAUCCGCAAUAAGCCGUUCACAUCCUCGAUCCGUCAGACCAUACUACAUCUCAGAGCUCGAGCGGGCUACUGGUCACGAUUCCGUGGUCUGUCUAUGUUCAUUGUGUGGCAUGUGGUAUCAGGUUUUAUCGGUGGCGGGGUUGGUGGCGCCACGGGCAGCCGCCUUGCAGUCGCUUUUGCAGCUGUUGUCAUCGAAACCCUCCUCGCGAAUCUUCAUAUGGCUUGGGUUCAUAUUGUCAUUUCUGAGCCCAGGGCGAAGAGAUGGUAUCAUCGCAUCCCGUCGAUCAGGACAUGGCCCAAGAUUGCUCCCGCCGUGGCUCUGUGGGCGGCAUCCAGCCAAAUCGUGGCUGUUCUCCCCGGUCUGGUUUGUGGCUCAUUUGGGUCUCUCAAGCGUAUGAACGACCCGGCAUACGAACCCGGCAAGAAGGAUCUCUAUGCUGUCGGCGCACAAGGCUUCAUGGGCAUGUUCAUCAUGCUAGCCUUGUUCGUCCUGUUGCAGAUCCCUGCCACCGUCACUCUUGUCAGAGUCGCUGCAUCGAUGCUUCCAGAAGAAGACGAAACAAUCGUACCGUUUGACCGCACCUUCGAUGGAAGGACUACCCCGGCAAUCAUUGGUGGCCAGGGCAAGAUCGGCCUGGUCGAAGCAUGGAGGAGCUUUCCAUGGGCAAGCCGGGCUCGAUUGCUCAAGCUCAUGAUGAAAGUGGUUCUCCUAAUGAUGGCUGCCUGGAUCUUAUUCACUACCGUACUGGUUGCGGAGGCUCACAUCAUGUUUGGAGACCAGCUUGGUGGGAUUAUGAAAGGAAUUCACGGAGUUGCUGGCCCUCACUGA